AUGUCAGACAAGAAGAACGACGAUUAUGGCCAUCGGGAUGCCGAGAUGGGCGACGGCGGAAAGGUCGAGACGGCCUACUCUCGCUCGCCCUCGCCUCGAAUGGCUGCUCCAACGGGCUUUAAUUUGUCCAAGAUCGACAACAGUCCGGGGGCGUCUGUCCUGGGUUACUGUUUGGCCUCCAUCAGUAUGACUGUUGUCAAUAAAUUCGUCGUGUCUGGCUCCUCAUGGAACAUGAACUUUUUAUAUCUUGCUAUUCAGUCCAUUGUUUGCUGUGUUGCUAUUCAGGCUUGCAAGCAGGCCGGCCUCAUUACCAACCUUUCUGCGUUUGACGUUGAAAAGGGCAAAAAAUGGUUCCCAAUUUCUGUUCUUUUGGUUGGUAUGAUUUAUACCGGCGCCAAGGCUCUUCAGUACCUGUCCGUGCCUGUGUACACCAUCUUCAAGAACUUGACCAUUAUUGUCAUUGCCUACGGAGAGGUGCUCUGGUUUGGCGGAAGCGUCAGCCCGACCAUUCUUCUCUCUUUUGGCCUGAUUGUUUUUAGCUCCAUCGUUGCCGCGUGGGCUGAUGCAGAUGCUGCUCGAGGUUCAUCAAAGGCCUCUCAAUCCCUUGCCACUCUGCAGGUCGGCUAUACCUGGAUGGCCCUGAACGUGUUCUGCCAGGCCGCCUUUGUUCUCGGUAUGCGCAAGGUCAUUAAGAAGAUGGGCUUCAAGGACUGGGACACCAUGUUCUACAACAACUUUUUGACCAUUCCGGUCCUGAUUGUUGGCUCACUUCUGCUUGAGGACUGGUCUGCUGAGAACCUGGCUCGAAACUUCCCCGCAGAGACUCGAAACAGUCUCAUCAUCGGUAUGAUCUACUCGGGCCUGUGUGCUAUUUUCAUUUCGUACUCGUCUGCCUGGUGCAUUCGUGUUACUUCUUCUACCACUUAUUCGAUGGUGGGAGCCCUGAACAAGCUUCCUAUCGCUGUCAGUGGCCUUAUUUUCUUCGAUGCCCCUGUUACUUUUGGUAGCGUGUCUGCCAUCAUCAUCGGUUUCUUCAGUGGUCUUGUGUAUGCCUGGGGCAAGGUCCGCCAGACCGAGAAGGCCAAGAUGUCGCUUCCGGUGACCAAGCCUGUCAUGAGUGCCAGUUCUCAGAGCAACAAUGACGCGUCAAACGCGUAA